AGCUCUCGGCAUUUGUUUUUGUUGUCUUGGGGUCGAUAAUUUUGUCGUCUGCGCUUCCAGAUCCAUAUCUGUGGCAUGUAACAUUAUUCUGUUGUGCCUCACUACAUGCCAUAUGAGUUUUCCUGAAAUUUGAUUAUGGAAGAAAUUGUGAGGUGGCCCACCACUGUGUUUCUAUCACUUCUGUAACUAAUAGUCAAUUGAGUUACUGCAACAUGCUGCCUGUUGAGAACCAAGUGCCUCCAUCUCCCUCUCGCACUGUGGCCCUUCUGUCAGUCAGCUUCAAACGGUUGUGUACUGGGGCGGUGCUCCUACCAUUGGUUGGCCUUCUUACUUGUUUCAUCACAGCCAAUAUAUUCCAGCCGGAUGAUAUCCAUGAAACACAUUGCAGGGUUUACAACAUAAUACCAUCCAUCAGUGCGAUUACAGGAGUUAGUCCUCAGCGAUAUUUGUGGCGAAUUUGUGUGGCCUUCCAUAUUGGACCUCGAGUACUCAUAGCUUUUGUCUAUUAUGCCCAUUACCACUCCAUUAUUAUGCAACGUCCACAGUCAGAAAGGCAUCAACUUACAAAGCAUUUACGCUUUUGCUUUUGGCUCAGCAUGAUUGAAAUUGGAACAUUGUGUGGUUGUACCUAUGUUUCAAAUAGAGAAAACUACCCCUUGCAUGAAAAGAUUUUUAUCGGAUUCAUGAUAUCAUCUCUGACCUAUAUGUUAGCUCUCGUACGCCUGAUACGUGCCUUACAACCUGACAUGACUCCAAAAGAGUUCAAUUCUUACCAGAUCAAGAAAGGCCUUUUUGCUGUUUCGAUUGUGAGCACCAUUGGACUUAUUGUGUUCUUUUUAAAACAUCGACUUCUUUGUCAUGACAUGGCAUUCAGCUGGUUUGCCUUUUGUGAGUAUGUUGUUGCCUCCUGCAAUAUGGCAUACCACUUCACUGUUAUUCUAGAUUUUCCCACUGAGCAUGUAAUGGUUGGGAAAAAUGGGCUGAUGCUGUCGUCUGACUCAAAUGCUGAAGAAGAACUUCCAACUAUUCAUCAGAAGAAAGAUUAAGCUACUGGUGAACUCAAAUUCAUCAUGGCUUUGUUCUAAUUUUCUUUACAAUUAUUUUUUGGGAUCAUUGAAGAAUGCUAUUCCGUAAGACAAUGAGAUUACUGUUAUAAUUUGUUCAUUUUUGCAUGUUUUAUUAUUGAAUCUACAAUUUUUAAUGAGUCUUUAGUCAUUUGUUGUAUGAUACCCUCUCAGGAUAUUUUCUUUCACUAUCCUCCUUCAGGUUUUGUCUGGCUUUAGGCCAGAGUGCUACAUUGAUUGUUUUGGUUUAUUGUUGGACUUGGCAAUUUCAAGGCUAACACAAUGAAUUGUUGCUCUACUGCCACAAACAAGACCAAAUUUGUGCACAAGAUGAAGGAUUUGAUAGUGUUUAUUGUGGAAGCCACAAACUUGUAUUUGUUAGAAUUGUUUUUUCUAUGUAACAUAUCAUUUACUUAGGAUUCACUUAAGAAGUACUGUAAUGGUAUGUAAUUAUGUAUUGCAAUGUUUAUCAGAUACUCUCUGAUGCCAAGUGAUAAAAAACUGAAAUCAGAUGUGCUCAAUGGGCAUGAAAUUAUUUACUGAUUUCAAUUACUUAUAUUCAGAGCUUGAACAACAAUUUAUAAUUGAGAACUUUGCUUCUCUCCCCUAGGAACUGGCAUAUUUCUAAUCAGAACAGAGAAACUUUUAAUAUAUUAUUUUUAUUGCAUUGUUUUUAAAGUUUAAAUCUGGAAGAGAUAUUUAAUAUCAUUAUGUAAUAUGCCAACAAGAGACACUAUAGGAUGUAUCUAAAAGAUUUUAAAUAUACAAAUAUUUACCACAGUACAUGCAAAGUUUUAAGCAUGACCAAUAUAUAUUUAGAAAUUGAUCUACUUUGUUCCAAACUUUGGAAUUUCUAAGUCAUUUUGUUGGGUGUGUCUUAAUGUUAUCUCGUAGCAUAUGUUUUGUUUGGUCUUAUUUCUAUAUAAAUUGUUUGAUCUUUUAUCUGUUUCAGGCAGAUAUGUAGACUGCGUAAAAAGCUUUGUGACUUUUUGUUUUGCUUUUUGUUGGAGACAACCAAUUGCCAGCUUCAGACAAGUGCUGUUACCUUGCCUUUUUGUUGGGUGCAGUUCACGACUAGCUGAGGUACAUUGGACCAUCAAAAGUACAUUAUAGGAUGAAGGACUUUAAGGCACUGUGCCAAAAGCAAAGUGAUAAUGCACUGAAAAAUGUCUACAGUAUUGUCAAUUAAAUUGAGUGGACUAAAUUAAUGUAACAGUGUAGAUCAGACAGACUACUACUUUGGGGUUUGAUAUAAACAUAUUCUCAUUUACAAGAUCCGAUCAGGGCAUACACUUUGUUGUUCCAUCUGAAUCUAGAUUGUUCCUUUGUUAUUUUUAAGUGUUUGUACUGCCAUUUGUACAACAUCAAGUGCUUUUGUUUUUACAUUUUUGUCUUUGUUUUGACAUUUUUUUAGAAGACUGUAACAUACCAAGCUAGUCAUGACAUCAUUUUAUGUGAUUAUAGAUUUAACCUGGGUAGAUGUGCAUAUUUGUAGCACAUUGAAAGGUGCUCUCUAUUCAUUACCUCAUUACAAAGUUUAUAUUGAACAAUAAGUCCUGUAUACCACACAUGUUAACUGGUGGUUAUGCAGGUAAAGUAGUGUGAUAUUUACAUCUUAUAUAUGGAGCUUGUAUAUUUAGAGGCAAGAAACUACAUUAGUACACUUGUUAUCUUGUAAUUCUAAAUAUUUAAAGUUUUAUCAUGUGCUACAAUAUUUUGCUCUAUAUUGUAUUCUCUAUUCUAUUACCUCUGUAUCUCAUAAUUUCCUCUUGUUUCUACUUGUCUAUUCUGUAUCUGUAGUUUUAGUAUUGGGACCAUACAUCUCAAAUUUCUAACGACAUGAUGCGAUGUGACUAAAUCUCCCUCUUCGCACAUUGUUUUUAGAUAUUUGGUACCUACCUUAGAACUCUUUUAGGUAUCUCAAUUUAUAUGCCCUCAUUUCCUUGAAUAGUUUUCGCAGUCCUACAUUUUACCAUCUUAGGUGGAGAGGGAAUUGCCGAAUACUCCUUCUAACAGAGGUGUACUGUUACAUCAUGCCAAAUUUUGCUUUGAAAAGCUUACUCUGUACUCUACUGUAGCCCAGUUGUAGCACCUCCCUCUCGUGUUUAUCCUUAAGUAUUAGACUUUUUAGAGUGUCUGGUACUCAUAACAUACCUCACCAUUUUAGAAAUCAAAUCAACUUUUUAAAAUAAUGUAUGCAAUUUUUCAUCAAGUGGGCCACAAUAUAAACCAAAAGUAGACACAGACACACUUGGACCAUGCUCAAGUUAUCAAGUUAUUAUACUGCAUUAUGUUUGAUAAUGUUGAAGUUUUCAGCAGUAGAAUUUUGUAGUUAAAGUCAUUACGCCAAUGUUGUUGUUUUUUUGAUGGAGAGGAUUAUACUGAAAUUGAAGCAAUUAUUUUAUUUCCGCUUUGAGAUUAAUUCAUCUUAAGAUGUAUCUAUAAGACAUGUCUCUGUUGAAAAUUUCAGAAACAACAUUUUAGCACAAAUUUAGAUGCACUUAUAUUUGUUUGUGUGAAUACCGUACGCUUUCUUUCUCUUAAAGGAAAAAAGCCAACUUAACAAUAACUUAUUUUUAAAAACUGCAAAAAAAUAACAAAAAAACAGUGAAACUUGCAUGUUUAGAGUUACAUUGGAGUAUUUCCAGAACGUCAUUUUUCACUCACUGAUUAAGUUUUUAUGAGGGCCUCCUCGGUGCUGCUUAGGAUUGAAAUCUAUAUUCCAUGUUUAGGAUAGUUUGGAAACAACCUGAAAACCUUGUAUGGUGCACCUAAUGCUCUACCUUAAUACCUCUUGAUAUUUAUUAUCUAUCUAGAUCAGUAGUCCAAGGUUUUACUUCAAAGGAAGUAUAAUACAAGCUGUCACAAUUUUCUGUUUCACAGCAUUCUUCGUGGCUCUAUUUUUAUGAAGCAGAACUACUCUAUUUUUGGAAACGUAGGCAUUAGUACUAGAUGCGUAUUUAACUUCUGCUUGCCCGAUUCUUUGUACCUGUGAUUGAUAUGGUGAGAACAAUCCAGUACCAUUUUGUGGAGGAUAUCGGAUGCUGAAUGUGAUUGGAUGGAUAUGUUAUGGAAUGUUUUGUGACUUAAUUGUUGUUCUAAUAUGGAGAAAAUAUUGAAACCUGUUAAAAGUUGGUGGUAUUGUAAAAAUUAUUACUUGUCAGCAUUGUGCAGAACCCCUUUUCAAUAGCAAAUUCACAUUUUCAGAUGUGUUUCACGGUUGAUGAGGGGUUGUUCGUGUCUGAAGAAAAAAAGGCCUUCUGUUGCUUUUCUAAACAUUUCAUGUUUUUUUUUAAUCUAAUUUUUUUCUCAUCUUUCAGAUUUGUUUUGCCCAUUAAAGCUGCCACUGUAUUCUAUUCAUCUGACCCUGAGAUGCAAUUGCUGAUAUUGUGAUAACUAAGCACUCUUUUAUUUCUCAAAAGCCAUUAACAGUAAGCCUAUGCCAAAAAUUGUGAUAGUGAUAAAGGAAAUAUUCUCUCAAUAAUUGAGAUAGUAAAUGUAGCAAAUGAUGUAAUUGAAAUAUUAGCAUCAAUUAAUGUUAUCUAUUGUUCUACUACAUCACUGCUCAUAAGUUGAUUUAAUUCAGUGGUUCCUCAGGAAUUUCCUACUUUUCUUGUUCAAAGUUUAUUCUGUAGAGAUUGUGUAUUGACGUUUGGAAGUUUGCCAUGGUAUACUAAGACAUUGUUGAAACGCGAAGGAUGCCCAGCUACGGGCUGUGUUGAGAAUCAUGAAUGGUUGUGCCCCCUUAAUUGUUGAACCACAUUAUUACUCGUGGGACUUUAUCUUGUUAAAACAUACAGUUUUUUUGCUCUGUAUUUAAACAUGUGAAUUUAUUACAGAAUUAUUUAGAGAUCAGUAAUAACUGUAUCUUCUACGGCAAUAAACAUUGAUUCUUCUUUCAAUUA